GAUAUCCGGUCUCUUUUCGGUGGUGGGCUCUUGUUGAGACAGUCCUCCACAAUGAAGCUCAAUAUUUCGUUCCCCGCCACUGGCUGCCAGAAGCUUAUAGAAGUUGACGAUGAGCGCAAGCUGAGGACCUUCUAUGAGAAGCGCAUGGCCACAGAGGUGUCUGCCGACCCUCUAGGUGACGAGUGGAAGGGCUACGUUGUGCGCAUUAGCGGCGGCAAUGACAAGCAGGGCUUCCCCAUGAAGCAGGGCGUGCUCACGCACGGCCGCGUGCGGCUGCUCCUCAGCAAGGGUCACUCGUGCUACAGGCCCCGCCGUACUGGCGAGCGCAAGCGCAAGUCCGUGCGAGGCUGCAUCGUUGACGCCAACCUCAGCGUGCUGAACUUGGUCAUUGUCAGGAAGGGUGAGAAGGACAUCCCUGGGCUGACUGACAGCACCGUGCCACGCCGCCUGGGCCCCAAGAGAGCCAGCAAGAUCCGCAAGCUCUUCAACCUGUCCAAGGAGGAUGACGUCAGGCAGUACGUGGUCAGGAGACCCCUCACCAAGGAAGGUAAGAAGCCCAGGACCAAGGCACCUAAGAUCCAGCGCCUGGUGACGCCCCGGGUCCUGCAGCACAAGCGCCGACGCAUCGCCCUCAAGAGGCAGCGCACACAGAAGAACAAAGAGGAGGCAGCGGAGUACGCCAAGACUCUGGCCAAGAGGAUGAAGGAGGCCAAAGAGAAGCGGCAGGAGAAGAUCGCCAAGAGACGCCGCCUCUCCUCCCUGAGGGCCUCUCAGUCCAAAUCCGAGUCCAGCCAGAAGUGAAACCUGCACCUUGUACAUUGCAAAUAAACAAGAAAAAUGGUUUAGCUCGA